AUGAAAACCACAAAGAGAACUGAAGGUGAAAACAUGAUUAAUGCCUUACCCGACGAUUUGCUUUGUAAAGAUAUUGAUGCUUGUUCCAAUAAAAGAUGCAGUGGCUACCAUGAUUUUGUCAAAAAGGUGGUGGUAUAUUUGGACGAUGAUGCCAGAACUCCAUCACUGCAACUUCACAAAGCACCUAUAUUAGAAUACAUUUAUGUCGAACUUGGCUCACAAUGCCCUGUUGAUGUUGAUGUGGCAAAGUGGAUUGAAAAUGCGGUUGAUCGCGGGGUGUGCAGACUAAAGUUCGAUCUCAUGUGGUCAGAAAAACCUAUCAACUUGUCGGAGAGCCUUUACACAUGCGACACACUCGUCUUUUUGAGUCUUUCCAACAAGAUUUUCGUGGAUAUUGUUUCUACGGCUUGCCUCGCAUCCCUCACUUCUCUAUGUCUUCUCUCUGUUGUGUUCAAAGACGAAGAUUCUCAAGUUGGAAUUUUAUCAAGUUGUCCUAUUCUCAAAAAUUUACAUGUGGAGCGACAUAUAGAAGACAACAUGAUUAAUUUCAAUAUUGAAGUAUCUUCUCUAGAGCUCUUAAUGUAUACGUAUGCACAUAUAAAACAAGAGGAAGAUAUUAAGAGGUUUUUGCUUAUCGAUUCUCCUCUUUUAAAGACAGUCGUCAUCUGUGAUUGUUCGGGAGACUCUUGCUCGUUUGAAAACACAUAUCGCCUUGAUAAGGCAUACAUACACGUUACUUCCGACCCUAGUGACAAGUUUAUUAGAUCUCUUGCUUCCACCGUACUUCUGGAGAUAGUUUUGGCCAUUCCAACUGUUGUGUGUUUUACCUCCAAUAAUUUCUUUCAACUGAUAGAGUGUGAGAUACAACCUUUUGAGCUAGACUGGUUGGAACCACUUAUGGCUUUUGUUCAAAACUGUCCCAAACUAAAAGUUCUUCUUAUCGACCUGAUCUAUCUAAGAGAGGAUUUCCCGCUUUCUUGGAACCAUCCGAGUUCUGUUCCCAAAUGCUUGUUAAACCAUCUCGAGAUCUUUGAAUGGAAAAGAUAUGGAGGAAGAAGCCAAGAGAAGGAACUCGUGAGCUACAUUCUUGCCAAUUCUAGGUGUUUAAAACGAGUUGCAAUCAACAAUCCAGAAGAUAGUGAGGAGAUGAUGGACGAGUUAAAUCUAUGUCUAGGAUUUCACAAUCUU